AUGGCCCCAUCUUUCAAAAUAAGCUUGGCCAGAGGACCCCCAGAAGUGCCCAACACUGAGCAGCUAGAUUCGCCCCCAAGAGAUCCCCCAAGUAUCCUCCCAACAGAUGACCAACCCAGGAGCUUCCAAAGAGCCACCUCGGGAUCCCCAUCAGCCACAGUGGAUGACCCUCAGGCUGUGGGUCAUGCUCCUUUUACUGACAUCGGUGGUGGCAGGUUCCACUUGAAAAGGGGCCUGACGGUUGGCAGCAAGCAAGCAAAGAAAGCCUUUGGACAGACGAAGCCAGCGCUAGUAGCAAAGGACAUAUCACAAGCAAUUUGGGGUCGUCGGGGGCUGGCCGAGCGAACCUAUGGGGGUAAAUUAGCCCCAAAAGACUAUUACAAGUCUGGUGCCACUGCAAGGAAGGAGAUGACCCCUGAAAAAGUGGCCCUGGUGAUUGAGACAGUGACAUACUGGGGAUUCCGAACAGGAAUAUCUGUGACACACGCCCUCAAGAACAUGUCAACUAUUCUGUCGCAAAAAACCCAAGAUGUGCGCAAGAGCAUGAGGCGUUUGGACAUGUGA